UCCCGGUAGUUACGGAAAAGCUGUCCAUCUUGUUCUCCGGCAUUAGCAAGAACUGAGAGCUAGCAGCACGGAAUUUAUUGCUAACGUUAGCUACUGAGAUUUAUUUUUGGGCAUAUUGUAUACACAUGUAUAUUAUUUCAAUAUCGCGUUAACUAUCGCAAAUAUACAAGUGUUGUAACCGAUUUAAUGGCGAUACAUUAAGAAGAUCAGGAUUUAACCUGGUUGUAAAUCGUAGUUUUAAGCUAUUGAAUAGCUAGCUAGCUAUCAUAGAAGAUUAUGAUGGCAAACAACACGGCUUUAGUAGCAGGGAAUCAGUCGCAACAGGCCUUGAAUAAACCCGCUGCGUCUGGAAAACACGGAAAUGUGUUGCCUUUGUGGGGCAACGAGAAGACUAUGAACCUAAACCCAAUGAUUCUCACGAACGUGCUUUCGUCGCCGUAUUUCAAGGUGCAACUCUAUGAGCUGAAGACCUACCAUGAGGUCGUGGACGAGAUCUACUUCAAGGUAACGCACGUUGAGCCGUGGGAGAAAGGCAGCAGGAAAACUGCGGGCCAAACUGGAAUGUGCGGAGGGGUCCGUGGUGUUGGAACCGGAGGCAUCGUCUCGACUGCAUUCUGUCUGCUGUACAAACUUUUCACCCUCAAGCUCACUCGUAAACAGGUGAUGGGACUCAUCACACACACAGACUCGCCCUAUAUCAGGGCCCUUGGCUUCAUGUACAUAAGAUACACACAACCCCCAGCAGACCUCGUGGAUUGGUUUGAUGGCUUCCUUGAUGAUGAGGAGGAGCUGGAUGUGAAGGCCGGAGGAGGUUGCGUCAUGACCGUUGGAGAGAUGCUGCGCUCCUUCUUAACCAAGCUGGAGUGGUUCUCCACUUUGUUCCCACGCAUUCCUGUGCCUGUCCAGAAGGCCAUUGACCAUCAGAUGAAGAGCCGGCCAAGGAAGGUCCCUGAGCCUGAGUUCCAGGAACCGGUUCCAGAGGAACCUGCACGGCAGCCAGUACGCCGACGCUCCAGAACUCCCAGGAGGACGCCGAGCCCUCGUCGCUCCCCAAAGAGGUCAAGGAGCAGGAGCCACCACCGAGACGGCCGCGGGAGAGCCAGCUUUGACCGGGAGCUGGAGAGGGAGCGCGACCGUCAGAGGAAGGAGCGGGAUGUGGGGGACAAGGACCGAGACAGGGGGCACAGGGGGGACAAAGAGCGGCAACGCUCUCUGAGCCUGGAGCGGCAGGGCAGCAGAAGCCACAGCACCAGCAGGGACAAGAAAAACGAGCGCAGGGAGAGGGAGAGGGAGGGCGAGAGCAACAGGAGCCGGAGGAAAGACCGCGACCACAAAGACAGGGAUGGAGAGAGGGAGGAGCGAUCCAAGGACAGAAGGCAUAAAGAGGACAGGGAAGAAAAGCGAGACCGAGAGGAGAGGAGAGCAAAGAGAGCCAGCCGCAGCAGGAGCAGGGACGGGAAACGCGAGAGCGAGAGCAAGGGCGGGAUGGACAGAGAGGCUAGGAAGCGAGACGGCAGCCGCAGCAAGGAGCGCUCUGGCAAGCGCGCCAGCGCAGAGCGCCCGCACAAGCACAGCCUCAGCAAGGAGCGGUCACACAGGCGCAGCAGCAGCCGCAGCAAAGAGCGGUCAAGCAAGCGGAGUCAUAGCGAGGAGCGGUCACACAAGCGGAACAGCAGUAUUGAGCCUUCACACAAGCGCAGCCGCAGCAAAGAGCGGUCGAACAAGCGUAGCGGCAGCAAAGAGCGGUCGAACAAGCGCAGCCGCAGUAAGGAGCGGUCGAACAAGCGCAGCCGCAGCAAAGAGCGGUCGCAUAAGCGGAGCGGCAGCAAAGACCGGUCAAGAAAGCGUAGUCGCAGCAAAGAGCAGACGGAUAAGCGAAGCGGCAGCAAGGAGCGGUCGCCCAAGCGCAGCAGCAGUAUAGACAAGUUUAACAGGCGCAGUGGCAGUGUAGAGCGACCGGCCAAACAUAGCCACAGCAAAGAGCCGUCGCUCCAGAAGGAGAACACCGAGGGGAACGGGCACGAGCGUGAAAGAAGUGUAAGCUCAGAGCGACAGGAAGGAACACUGGACAGCUAAACAGAAUCAAUUUGGGACUCCCCAUGCAAUCCCAACUUGAGUUACUCAAGAAGUUACUCAGUGGUAGAUUUCUCCAAGAAAAGUCUCACCAUUGCAGUCCUCAUUGGCCGGUGUAGUGUAGUCCAUUUCACAAGAGAUGAUGCAAAGGUUUUAAUUUUUUUAUGAAACGUUUUUGUCCUCAUGAUCCAACUUUGUAAAUAAAGGUCUGAAAAUGUUUUAAAUCCAAUGGAGCAACCACAGUGGGUAAAUUUAUACAAAGUACCCAAGUUCGUUGAAAUUGUGAGGUUUGGUUUCAAACUAUUUGUGUUUCAGUGUUUUUUUUUUUUUCCUAAUAAAAUACUUUCUUGAAAGGGAAAA